AUGACAUUAAAAAAGAAUUAUACAAAUUCUAUCGGAUCAAAACAACUCGGAUCUUAUGAAAAAAAAGUUGCACCAUUUUGGAACGACAUUCAAAGAGUCAUCGACAAUUCCUUUAAAGAUAAAAUACCUCAAGAUGAAGUGUCAUCAAAAAUUCUUGCUACUGAAUAUAAUGAGAAAUACGAAUGUCUUAUUGAAAAAUAUGCUAAUGUAGAUGGAAGAACUACGGAAGUUGAAGAGGCAAGU